UUUGCUUUUUCCAUCAGGCAACCAUGACAAGUCUGCUUUGCUUGCGAGUCACUGCUUGCUCAGCGACGCGUUCUACGACGCGUACGCUCUCUACGCGAUUUUUCUCUUCAUCAGCGACGGCGAGAGCCGACGAUGAGGCCCCCAUUAAGCCACCUCAACCCCCGAAGCCCAUCGACGACUCCACGUCGGCCCUCGAUUACAAGAGGACUCAGCGUAUGAGGCCGCCUCCUCUUCCUGCCAUGGAUCUGCCGCGCUCAAGGACCGCUGAAGAGGCGGUUACCAACAUUCUGUACAAUACCCCUCCUCCAAGUUUGCAGCCAUUCAAAAGACAUAUCCUUAACUGUCUAGUACAGAAUGAACCCGGUGUCCUCUCUCGCGUUUCAGGUAUCCUGGCAGGAAGAGGCUUCAACAUCGACUCCUUGGUCGUGUGUAGCACUGAAAUUCCAGACCUCAGUCGUAUGUGCAUCGUUCUCAAGGGUCAGGAUGGCGUUGUCGAACAGGCUCGCAGGCAACUCGAGGAUCUCGUACCGGUAUGGGCUGUACUAGAUUAUACCAACACGAGUACCAUCCAACGUGAACUCGUCCUCGUCAAGGUCUCCAUUCUCGGUCCCGAAUACCUCGACGAGCAGCUUGUUGGUGGUCCAUCGCAUGACCCAAGGAAAUGUGAGGAUGGGAAGGAGCCCUCAAAAUUAGAACAGGAGACCGUCCUCGCCCACAAUUUUGAACGGGGAGGUCAUCCUGAUCAAUUAUCUGAGGCAGCCACAAAUAUUCCUCUUACCCCAUCGCAAGCGCUUCGGCAAAAGCAUCAGCAUCUCCAUUCGAUUUCCACGUUGGCCUCUCAAUUCGGCGCAAAGAUUGUCGAUGUUAGCACUAACAGCGUGAUCGUCGAGCUCACAGCAAAGACGAAUCGCGUCGAGGCAUUCUUGAAGCUAAUCAAGCCUUUUGGUGUGCUCGAAGCAGCUCGUACUGGUUUGAUGGCCAUGCCCCGUACACCUAUUGACAAUGCAUCUGAGGAAGACAUGUCAGAGUCAACCGGCCAUGCUGUGGAUGCAAGUCUUUUGCCACCGGGCUAAAAACAAAUAUCUUCAACAUAACCCAGAGUCCCUGUCUCAAUAAAAAUACGGCAAUUUAUACAACUAUUAAGAUGUAAUAAAACGUGGUACGAGCACUUGUCCGGAUGAUUAAAAACCAAAAAUGCAGUGAGAUGUGUAUAUGAAGGUCCAAGGUAUCACUAUUAAUAUGGAUUUUAUCAGCUUCACGUCCGUGUAUUAAUUGGUUGGGAGAGUCUUUCAUUAAUUUUGCGGACCCAU